AAAAAUCAGUUUCAUGCGAAUUUUCGAAUCGCUGCUGAACUAUGGCGUCUACAACGGCGACAUGGACACCAAGCUCUCUCCAGCUCAGAAUUGCCCUAAAUCACGGUAGCUUCAAAGCUCCGGCGAGAGCGAAGAUGACAAAGCUCAGUCGUCGUCUCCGGAUAUCAUGCGUUGCGCCGAACGCAGAAUUGGGUCGCGACUUGGGUGAGAGUAACGGGUCGGAUCAAUUUCGUGGGUGGGCUGAUUCAGAAGAAGAUGAGAAAAUUACUGAUUCUCGCGGUGGCGAUAGGUUUAAAGGAACCUUGUUAUCUGGAGUUGCUGGAAUGGUUCUCUUUGUUGGGUUAACUUACGCAGCUUUAUCUUUCAAACGCAAUGUUUUAAGACCAAAAGUAGAAGUGAUGGUGACCACAGUUGCUGGAAGUUCAAGUGAUCAAAUCAGCACGGGUGAUAAUGAAGGAAAUAUUGUCAAGGAUCAAGAUAACCAGGAAAGCUAUAGAGAUUCUCCAGUUUUAUCUCCGGAUGACAAAGAUUUGGUGUCGAAAUCCGCGUCUACAAGCAAAGUUUAUGAUGAGGGGAACAAAGCAUCUGAAAGUCCAGCUGAGAAAUACACAUUAUCGAAGGAGUUGGAUGGAGUAGAUACACAUACCUCUCUAAUCCCAUACGAGAAGCAGAAAACUCGUAGUUAUACAGGAAUACCUGCUCCUUCCACAGUUACACAAGUAAAUCCCGUAGAACCUAUAUUUCCAACGGUUGUGGACCCAGUUCAAAGUCAAAUAUUUUCAGCUUUACAAGCUUUAAAGGUUAUUGAAUCUGAUGCUCUGCCUUACGAUUUAUGUACACGCCGUGAAUUCGCUCGUUGGGUGGUUUCUGCAAGCAAUACUCUAUCGAGGAACUCAGCAUCAAAAGUAUAUCCUGCCAUGUACAUAGAGAAUGUUACUGAACUUGCAUUUGAUGAUAUUACACCUGAAGAUGCUGAUUUUCCAUUCAUUCAAGGUUUGGCAGAGGCAGGACUUAUCUCAAGCAAACUCUCUAACCACAACAUGCCUUCUUCUGAGAGCAGUCGGUUUACGUUCUCCCCAGAAAGUCCUCUAACACGUCAGGAUCUAUUGAGCUGGAAGAUGGCUUUGGAAUUUCGACAGCUCCCAGAAGCUGAUAGCAAGAAAUUGUACCAACUUUCUGGAUUUCUUGACAUUGAUAAAAUAAACCCAGAAGCAUGGCCUGCCCUUAUAGCUGACUUAUCUGCUGGAGAACACGGAAUAACAGCACUUGCUUUUGGGCGUACCAGAUUGUUUCAGCCGUCUAAAGCAGUUACAAAAGCCCAAACAGCUGUGUCUCUUGCAAUUGGUGAUGCUUUUGAAGUAGUUGGUGAGGAGCUAGCUCGUAUUGAAGCAGAGGCUAUGGCUGAAAAUGUGGUUUCUGCACAUAACGCGCUGGUUGCUCAGGUCGAGAAGGAUAUUAAUGCUAGCUUCGAGAUAGAGCUUUUAAGAGAAAAAGAAAUAGUAGAUGCAGUGGAGAAAUUGGCUGAAGAAGCAAAGUCGGAGCUGGCGAGACUUAGAGUUGAAAAAGAAGAGGAGACUCUUGCAUUGGAGAGAGAACGCACAUCGAUUGAAACAGAAAUGGAGGCUCUUGCAAGGAUACGAAAUGAGCUUGAGGAACAACUUCAAAGCCUUGCGAGUAACAAGGCAGAGAUGUCGUAUGAGAAAGAGAGGUUUGAUAGACUUCAAAAGCAAGUGGAGGAUGAGAACCAAGAGAUACUCCGGUUGCAAAAUGAGCUUGAAGUUGAAAGGAACGCUUUAUCCAUAGCCAGGGAUUGGGCUAAGGAUGAAGCGAGAAGAGCAAGAGAACAAGCAAAAGUGCUAGAAGAAGCUAGAGGACGUUGGGAGAAGUAUGGCCUAAAAGUGAUUGUUGACAGUGACCUCCAUGAACAGACAACAACAACCGAAUCUACUUGGCUGAACGUAAGAAAGCAAAAUCUUGUAGAAGGAACCAUGAAAAGAGCUGGAAAUCUAAUUGCUAAGCUCAAGAAGAUGGCGAAAGAUGUAGGAGAGAAAUCCAGAGAAGUAAUCUACUUGAUCAUAGAGAAGAUAAGCCUUCUGAUAUCAGCCUUGAAACAACAAGUUCAUGGCAUGGAGAACAAAGCCAAAGACAUAAAAAUGAAAACCAAGUCAAAAGCAGAAGAAGUGUGGAGACAAACGAGCUUGAGGGUUGAUGAGAUCAGAAAUAUCUCUAUAGUGAAGGCUAAGGAGACUGUAGAAGAGUUUAAGGACAGACUCGGGAAACUCGGCGAGAAAUUCAAGUCGAAGUAGGUUUGCGGUUUGGUUGAAGAUUAAGAUUUGUCAGACAGAGAAACAAAACAAUGAACUAUCUUUAAUUUU